GCCGUGCGGGGUCAGACGUGCUCCGCCUUCGUUGUGAGGGGCUGCUGUAAUGGAGGGGGUCACGGUCGGACAGGUAUUUGAUGCCGAAUGCAUCCUCAGCAAACGGCCGCGGAAGGGGAAGUUCGAGUAUCUGGUGAAGUGGAGGGGCUGGUCGUCCAAGCACAACAGCUGGGAGCCCGAGGAGAACAUUCUGGACCCCAGACUUCUGGCAGCGUUCCACAAAAGAGAACAAGAGCGAGAGCUGCUGUUCCAGAAAAAAGGAAAACGGCCAAGAGGUCGACCUCGAAAGAUUCUGCAGCCGGCUCCAGCCGCCACCAAGGACAGCCGCUCUUCAUCCUCCUCCUCCUCCGGACUCUCUUCAUCAGCCUCCUCAUCUUCCUCCGAGGAUGAAGAUCCCACGAAGAAGCCGAAGCCGGGUCCGCGGCUGCACCCGGUCCCCCAGAAGAGGCCUCAGAUCAUGUUGGCCAAACCCGACCCACCUCGUAAGAAGAAGCGAGGCAGGAAGCCGCUGCAUCCAGACCUGAGGGCUCUGAGGCAGGCCAAGCCCCGCCCCCCUGCCCCGCUGCCGCCGCCGGUCGCUCCUCGCCACCACCAGGCGGUCCGGAGAGACGACCCGCGACCCGGCGUCAAGAAGCCGUUGCAGCCGGCCAGCUUCACCUACACCGGCCUCGGCAGGAGCUCCAGAGACGACGGCUCCCAGACCUCCAGCUCCUUCUCCCAGACGUCGACCUCCAAGCCGGGAUCCCUCAGCUGCAUCUGGACCAAUCGCUCGCUGUCAUCCUCGUCCUCCAGCUCCGCCCACAAGUCCAGUCCUUCACCACAAAGUAAGAACUCUCUGUCGGACCUGAAGCGGUCCAUCUCAGAAACAUCUCGAGACGGGUUCAAAGUGUCUCUGAAACAGGGCGGCGGUUCGCUGGGUCUCCACGGUGGCUUCGGUCCGACGGCUCAUCGCUCGCCACUGAGUCAGAGGCGGCAAGACGGCGGUCCGACCGGACCGGUUCCACACAAGCAGCAGAACUCCAGUCUGUCCAAACCCUCGUCUUCGGCCUCGCCGACGCCUCGAGACCGAGCCAACCAGGCGCUGAGCCUCCGAGCCCUCAACCUGCAGAGUGUCAAGCCGCCAGCCGGAAGCCUCCAGAGCAACACCAGCGGCGCCAUGGCCGCCGUGGCGAGGUCCAGUUUACGGAGUGGUGGCAUCGUGGUGAAAGGAGGUGUCGGGAAGGAGGUGCGAAUGUCAGGAGGGCAGCGCUCCGGUCUGACAGCAGGUGGCACCACAGAGCAGAACCGGGUGAAGGAGAAGCUGGCGGGUGGUGGCUCUGGUCGAGGCGGUGGCCGGCAGGACAAACAUGGGCUCAGUUCUCAGAACCGCAGCCUGAACGAGCUCAGCACCGGAGACUCAGACGACAGCAGCAGCAGCGAGUCGGAGCAGGAUGCCGCCAUGUUCCCCGGCAACAGCAGGCCCAGCCUCGGCAACAACACCACCGAGUCAGACACGGAGACGGACUGGCGACCAGCCCGGAGCCUCCUGGAGCACGUCUUCGUCACCGACGUCACCGCCAACUUCAUCACGGUGACGGUGAAGGAAUCACCGACCAGCGUUGGGUUCUUCAACUCCAGGAAUCACUGAAGGCGCCUCAACACUCCUCCACAACCGCUCAGGGUUCCUACACCAACAGUCAUUCUUAGCUCCGCCCACCGUGGCACUGCCCAGCAGACGGUUCUUUGGUUCCAAUAAUCUACAGCAGAGAUCAGACCCAAGACUUUGGUCGAGUAUUUGUUGAAGCAGCGUAGGAACCCUGAAGUUUAGACGCUGUUUACACCUGAUGAGUUCAGUCUGCACAGGAAACAGGAAGUUAAAAAGAUCAAUAGGAAACAGGAAAUAAAGAUCAACAGGAAACAGGAAAUAAAGAUCAACAGGAAACCAGAGGGAUUUGGUUUGAUUUCAAAUCUCAUAUCGAAGCUCAUCCAGUUUAGAUUUUCUCUAAAUUUAUAAAAGUCAGAAGCCGUAAUAUGACAUUUUCUAGUAGCAGCAAAGAAUGUUGACCAGUUAAUCUACAUUUAAAAUAUGUAACUGUUAGCUGCCGUCCAAAAAUUAACCUUCAUCAAACCAAACUCUAUUAGAAAAAAUUCUAAUUUAAAUACAGUCAGAUGAAUGAAUCCUGGAUUUUAGCUCUGAUUUGGUCGCCUCCAGCAGAUUUUUACUUCUGAAUUCUAACUACUUUGGUAGUCAAUUAUUCCAUCCAUCCAUCCAUUAUCUAUACACCGCUUAAUCCUCACUAGGGUCAUGGGGGGGCUGGAGUCUAUCCCAGCUGACUCAGGUGAAGGCAGGGGACACCCUAGACAGGUCACCAGUCUGUCACAGGGCUACAUAUAUAGACAAACAAUCGCUCUCACAUUCACACCUACGGGCAAUUUAGAAUGAUCAAUUAACCUCAGCAUAUUUUUGGACUUGGGAGGAAGCCGGAGUACCCGGAGAAAACCCACGCAUGCACAGGGAGAACAUGCAAACUCCAUGCAGAAAGAUCCCGGGAAAGCCGGGACACGAACCAGGGAUCUUCUCACUGCAAGGUGAAAGUGCUAACCACUACUCCACUGUGCAGCCCCCUAGUCAAUUAUUCGAUUUGAGUAAUUUUUACAUAAGAAAUAGUCUAAAUUCUGUGAUUUCAGCUUCUUAAAUGUGAAUGUUUUCUGGUUUCUUUCUUCUGUGACAGUAAACUGGAGAUCUUUGGAUCUUUAAGACAUUUGAGGAAACUGAUCCACAUUUUUCACCAUUUUAAGACACUUUAGAGACCAGAAAACCAACUGUUCAAUCAAUAUUUAAAAUAAUCUGUAGUUUCAGCCAUUUAAUAAAUCUUCAUCAAAUCAAACUCCAUUCAAAAAAGUUCCAAUUUAAAGCCAGACAGAGAAUCAGUCCUGAUUUUUAGCUCAGGAUGAGUUCUGUCAGAUCGGUUGUUAUGAGAUGCUCAGUUGUAGGUUUUUGAAGUUAAACAAAUGAAGACUCUUCUCUAGAGUCUUCAUUUGUUUCGUGUCACAUCAGAUUUCAAAACUACAUUUAUCAAUAAAUCAAAGUCUUAAAUAGGACAAAAUGAAAGUGAAAGUCUCAACAAUCAGCUGGAGGCAACAAAUCAGAGCUAAAACUCAGGAUUCAUUCAUCUGACUGGAUUUAAGUUAGAACUUUAUCCAGUGGAGUUUGGUUUGAUGAAGGUUCAUUUUAGAGCUGAAACUAACAACUACAUAUUUUAAAUGUUGAUUUAUCUGUUGAUUUUGUUCAAUUUUGUCACAAAUACAAGAAAAUGUGGCAUUAUGGGAUCUCUGAAAUUGGUGAGCUUUGAUCCAGGAUUUGAAAAUAUUUAAAACUAUUAUUAUUAAAACAUUUUUAAAAUAGAACUACAAAAACCUUCACAUGUAAACUGAACUGACAGAAAUUCAUCCUGAUUCUAAAACAUGCUGGAGGCGACCAAAUCAGAGCUAAAAAUCAGGAUUCAUCCAUCUGACUGGAUUUAAAUGGGAGCUUUUUCUAAUGGACUUUGGUUUGAUGAAGGUUGGUUCCACACCUGCGGCUACGAACAGUUUGAAAUGAUUGUAAAUCCGUUUCCAGCCUCUUCUGUGGUGUUUUUGUGAUUCCUGUUGGUAAAUCUCGGACUGAGCUGCGUUCUCAGGCGUCUGAAUGCCGUCUAGACCUCCAGAUGGAUGUAUGUUCCACCUCUCCAGUGCCUCAGGUUUCCUCUCAGCAGGACUUCCAGACUAUCAGACCCACUGCCACCACCUGGCCGUCCUGCUCUUCAGCUCCAGCAGGAUGUUUGCGCUCGUCGGACCUGUAAUCAGACUGAAUAUGUGGCUUUAACCAGGGCAGCAUGUUUCCAGUAUUCAGCGUGUCUGUGAUCGGUAGCUUCAUCGUCCCAUCGGGGUUCUUUGUAAUCGUCGUUCCUUUGGACCAAAGGUGUUACGAAUGUCUUGUUUCUAAUCGUAUUAUUGACAGUAUUUCUUGCACUACGCACAGUCCAGAUGUAAGCUGAGACGUCCAUUAUCACCAUAUAUAGCAGUUUUGUACCAUUUGAAUACAUUCUCGUGUCUUUGGAGUUAAUAUGUGUUAAUUUAUAUUUGUAAAUAAGCUUUUUCAUGUGAUUCUAUCUGGUGCUCAUGUUGGCCGACCAGCUUCAGAUCCUGUAGCCCGUGUGCCUCUCCAAUAAACCACGAAGUUCAGAAAGUCUUUGAA